UAUAUAAUGGAUUUAGCCCAACGGCUGGUAUACACGGAGCAAGAUUACAUACUACAGUUUGCAGUUUCUGCAAAUUGAAAUGAAAAAGACUCUACAGUAGUGAUUUCUCCAAUUUCAAUAUUUAAAAAGCCAAAACAAGGCAAGGGUUUGCGUACCGAAACAGAGAGAAAAAAGAUGGCCUCUUUUGGGUCUCUAAAAUCUACAAUCUACGACAAAGAAGAGAGAAAACAGCAAUACCAAUCUUAUAUUCGGGGCCUCAACGCUUAUGAUCGCCACAAGAAAUUCUUGAACGAUUACGUUAGUUUCUAUGGGAAAGAAAAUUCUACAAAUUUAAAGUUGCCGAUUAAGACAGAUAAGGAUACCCUAAGAGAAGGAUACAGGUUCAUACGUACUGCGGAAGAUGACAUGGAUACAUCCUGGGAGCAAAGGCUAGUGAAGCGUUACUAUGAUAAGCUUUUCAAAAAUACACCCUUGUCAUUACUCAGAACCUCUGAAGACAUGCCAGAUUGGCUUGAGAUGGAGGACAGAGAAGGAAGUUAUAUCUGGGAAAGUUCAUAUGCGGUAACAAACAUUGUGAUGACAAAGAUGAUUUAUCAAGCUAUGAGCAACUAUCUGCAGGUGAAUUUUUCAUAUUUUGAAGCUGGUGAAAAUAAGCAAGCCCUUGUGAAAUUGGUAGCUUGUAAAAGAUGCGCUGAAAAGCUUAACUACAAAAAUAGGAAAGAAAAGCAAAGGUUAGAGAGAAGAGAGAAGGAAGAGAUAAAGAGAAAGAGGGAGCGAUUAAGUAGUAAUGUUGAUUCAGAUGAUGAAAAGAGCAAAAAUAAGAGAAAAAAAGGUAAAAAGCCUUUGAUAUCAGAAGAUGAUCAUAAAUCUGAUAGUGAUGAAAACUUCGACGAAUAUCUGGAGGGAAUGUUUCCAUAGCUGAGUGUCUGUUGCUCUGUCAGGAGGUUAGUAAUCUUAUGCCCGCAGCCUGGCAGGGAGAUGCCAGUAGAACCAACACGAGCUAACACUUAAAUGGUCCUUGAGCAAUGGUUUAUUUAUUUCCCUGUAGAUUUUAAGAAAUUGUAAAAGAUUAUAUCAGCAUAACUGCAUUCUUUGGAAGCAUAUCGCGUGGAAUGGAUCAUGGUUUCCUACAUUCCAGAUGCUGGGAAUAUAACAGUGUCAUUAUAGUUAA